UAUCACCACUAAGUUGGAGCGUGCCCUGGAGAAGGUGGCCCCCCUGCUGAGGGAGAUCUUUGUGGACUUUGCUCCGUUCCUCUCUAGGACCCUGCUGGGUAGCCACGGCCAGGAGCUGCUCAUUGAAGGUCUGGUCUGUAUGAAGUCCAGUACUUCAGUAGUUGAGCUGGUGAUGCUGCUCUGUUCUCAGGAGUGGCAGAACUCUAUCCAGAAGAACGCUGGGCUGGCCUUCAUAGAGCUCAUCAAUGAGGGAAGAUUGCUGUGCCAUGCUAUGAAGGACCACAUUGUGCGUGUGGCGAACGAAGCAGAGUUUAUCCUCAACAGACAGAGAGCUGAAGACGUACACAAACACGCUGAGUUUGAGUCUAACUGUGCCCAGUACGCUGCUGACAGGAGGGAGGAGGAGAGGAUGUGUGAUCACCUGAUCAGCGCUGCAAAGCACAGGGACCAUGUGACCGCCAACCAAUUGAAACAGAAGAUACUCAACAUCCUGACCAAUAAGCAUGGGGCUUGGGGCACGAUGUCACAGAGCCAAUUACAUGACUUCUGGCGUCUGGAUUACUGGGAAGACGACCUGAGGAGGAGGCGGAGAUUCGUACGGAACCCCUUUGGCUCCACCCACCCUGACGUGUCACUCAAAGCCCUGGAGGACUAUGGUACCGAGGAGGAGGAAGAGGAGGGGCUAAAGUCUAAGAAGACGUUCCGCAGCCAGUCAGUGGUCAGUCAGAACCCGGAGGCGGAGCUUAUGCUGGAAGGAGAUGACGACGCUGUCAGUCUGCUGCAGGAGAAAGAGAUGGACAACCUGGCAGUCCGUUUGCCACCACGGGUUUUUUCCUCCAGAGGCCCUGUGGUGCUCAGUACUCCAGCCCAGCUGGUAUCUCCAGUAGUGGUGGUCCAUGGGACUCUCUCCAUCACCACCACAGAGAUCUACUUUGAGGUGGACGAGGACGACCCGGCCUUCAAGAAGAUCCACACCAAGGUGACAGUGACCUGA